AUGUCUUCCGUUCCCGAUCAUUCCAUUCGGAUCUCCAUCGACAGAGGCGGAACAUUCACCGACGUCCACGUAUCUACCCUUCCUCGGUCCAACCCAGAAUCCGCUCAGCAAGAUGAAUCCAAACGAGAAGAGUUUGUUUUGAAGCUGCUGUCGCAAGAUCCCAGCAACUAUCGAGAUGCCCCCACCGAGGGUGUCCGAAGGGCAUUGGAGAGGGUCACCGGGGAGAAGUUCGAGAGGGGGAAACCGCUGCCAGUGAACAAGCUCGAAUACGUCAGGCUUUCCACGACGGUUGCAACCAAUGCGCUGUUGGAGAGGAAGGGCCAGAAACAUGCUCUGAUCAUCACCAAGGGCUUCAAGGACCUUCUCGAGAUCGGCAACCAAGCUAGACCAAGAAUCUUUGAUCUGAAUAUCAAGCGAGCAAAGCCUUUGUACACUAAAGCUGUAGAAGUGGAUGAGAGGGUCACCUUAGUCGGGUUCUCAUCCGAUCCAAGAGCCGAGCAAAACGCUCUUGUAUUCGACGAGGAUGGAUCAGUGAAGAAAGCAUAUUCCGGAGUAGGUGCCGAAGAGCAGGAGAAUUUCAUACCUGGCAGGAUUGUGAAAGGGUUGAGCGGAGAAGCAGUCAAAGUGAUCCGGGAACCAGAUCUCGAUACUAUCAAGAAGGAUCUGCAGGCAUUGUAUGACGAAGGGUAUAGCUCAAUUGCCGUUUGUUUGGCUCACUCCUACACAUUCCCUGACCACGAGCUUGCGAUUGGGAAGGUCGCAUUGGAUAUUGGGUUCCCCCACAUCUCAUUGUCCUCCAAGCUCCUGCCUAUGAUCAAGAUGACCAAUCGCGGGCAAUCUACCACGUGCGAUGCUUAUCUCACUCCGGUACUACAAGACUAUCUGAAAGGUUUCUAUGCUGGGUUCGAAGGUGGGGCAGACGGUGAUCUGCAUGUGGAAUUCAUGGGAUCGGACGGGGGCUUGGUAGACCUUGACGUGAGCCUCAAGUCGAUUCUUUCAGGACCGGCUGGUGGAGUCGUGGGCUGUGCUUUGACAAGCUGGGAUGAGGAAGAAAGGUCUCCAGUGAUAGGUCUUGAUGUGGGUGGCACGUCAACCGACGUAUCUCGGUAUGCUGGACGAUACGAAUCGGUCUGGGAAACCACCACAGCUGGUAUAUCAAUGUUCACCCCACAGCUUGAUAUCAACACGGUUGCUGCUGGAGGAGGAAGUUGCUUGACAUAUAAGAAUGGACUCUUCCGUGCAGGUCCAGAGUCUGCUGGAGCUCAUCCAGGCCCCGCGUGUUAUAGGAAAGGUGGCCCUCUCGCUUUGACGGAUGGAAACCUCUUCCUAGGUCGUCUCGUGCCGAAGUAUUUCCCUAAAUGCUUCGGUCCCAACGAAGAUCAGGAUCUUGAUCCAGAGGCAUCCCGUACGAAAUUCGAGGAACUCGCUCAAGAAAUUCGAACCGAAACCGGAACAGAGAAAACGAUUGACGAAAUUGUUUACGGCUUCGUGAAGGUUGCGAACGAAACCAUGGCCAGGCCGAUCCGAACCUUGACCGAAGCAAGAGGGUUCAAGACAGACGAACAUGUCCUUGCAUCUUUUGGAGGUGCCGGGGGUCAACACGCCUGCGAGAUAGCCGAGCUUCUUGGUAUAGAUCGGGUUUUGAUCCACAAAUACUCAUCGAUCCUCUCAGCAUAUGGAUUGGCGCUUGCAGAUCGAGUAUACGAGCAGCAAGAACCCGCUUCGGACACCUACAACUCUGCAACUCAGUCUUCCCUCGCUUCCAGACUUGACGAGCUCGCAAAGAAAGUUCAGAACGUGUUGAAGGAUUCUGGGUUUGAAGCAAGCAAGAUACAGGUCGAGAGGCUAUUGAACAUGCGAUUCGACGGGUCGGAUACUUCGUUGAUGGUUUUGGAAACAGCUCCAGGCAAAGGAGAUUUUGAGGAGGAAUUCAAGAGGGCUUACAAAGAGGAGUUUGGGUUCUUGUUGAACAAGAAUAUCAUCGUCGAUGAUGUCAAGGUCCGAGGGAUUGGCAAAACGUUCGAUUCGCUUGGUCCGUCCGCAUUCUCCGAGUACAAGUCAUUGAAGUUGAACGACGUAGAUCAGCGCAAAGCAGACUUUCACCAAAAAGCGUAUGUAUGGUAUGGUCACGAAGGCAAGAGACAGGACGUGCCAGUAUUCGAGCUGGGCUCGCUUCAUACCGGAGAUCAGGUCAAGGGUCCUGCUUUGAUCAUCGAUGAGACUCAGACGAUUUUCGUCAACGUACGGUGGACUGCUGUAGCAACGAGUAGUCACCUGUUGAUCCAGCGAAAGGAUUGA